GACACACGAGCAGGACACAUAAAUCAGUCUUCUCUCCUCAGAUCAUCAAACACGGGACAGACUUCUGUGACCAGAGGCAUUCAACUGAUCCUGUGACUGAUGAUGAACGAACUUAUAGAUACUGUUUUAUUAUUUUGGCUGUGUAGAUUUCAGCAGGAACGAUGGCACACAGCAUUGGUAACACCAAAAACAUCAUCGCCGGGAGCAACACAGGGCAGAUCGGUUCAGGCAAUGCCAUCAACAUUAGUGGAAUAAGAUCCCAGUCAAAUACUGGCAACUCAAGUGACACAAGAGGUGGAAGCUGCUCUGCUGGCUCCAAAGCUUCAGGGGAUGCGAGUGGAGGAACAGGAGCGCAGAUAAAUACUGGCAACUCAUGCAGCAAGGGUUGUGGAACUGGAAGCGACUCUGGAUCCAGUGCAUCAGGAAAUGCUGGCGAGAUGAGAGGAGAAAAAGCAAUCAAUGUUGGCAAUGUGACUAACACGACCCUUGGGGACAAUGCAGGAGACAUCGGUGCAAAGAACACCUGCAAUGUGAGCGGAGGAAAAGGAGUCAAAGUCGAUAUUGGCAACGUCAGUAACAUGGACGUUGGAUCAAACGAAGGAGACAUCGGUGCAGGAAACAACUGUAACGUCAGUGGAGGAAAAGGAGUCAAAGUGGAUAUUGGCAAUGUCAGUAACAUGGAUGCUGGAUCCAACAUGGGAGACAUCGGUGCAGGAAACAACUGUAAUAUACUGGGAGGAGAAGGAGUGAAAAUAGGUAUUGGAAACAUCAGCAACGCAGCAUUUGGACACAAUGCAGGAGACAUUGGUGUCGGGAACAACUGCAAUGUGAGCGGAGGGAAAGGAGUUGAAAUAAGUAUUGGCAACGCAUCACAAACAGGGAUUGGCUUCAACUUGGGAGGCUUUGGUGUCGGGAACAACAUCAACAUCAACUGAAAUCUCUUUCCAAAGAUCAUGGAUCACAGUGACGUCCUGUUAUUGGAAAGUAAUGAAACAGAGUAACAAAAGCUUGUUUGUGACAUAAAAUCUGUGAACCUGUCCACUACUGAUCAAUGGUCUGAUAAAUGUGCUCACUGGUUUUUAACCCUACAGAUUUCUGCCUGCCUUGUAUCUUGUUUCAUUUUCUUCAUUUUCUUGUUUAAUAACUACUAGAUAAUAUGUAAAAGCAUUAAGCACAAUAUUAAUAACUAAACUCAUUCACUGUACCUUAAAACUCAUUUGUACCAUAUAAGUAUUUGGAUUUAUUAAAAGCAUCUCUUGUUGUUUAAAA